CUUUGAGUACCUGAGUGAUACAGAAUCAAAAUGAAGAACACUAUUCUUGCUUUGCUAUUCAUCGCUUGUGUGGUGUCUAUGACAUCGGCUCGGAUUCCUCCUUCUGGAAAAUGCUACUACUGGAAAAGAUGUAGCAUCUGGAGGCCAUGCGGCUGGGGAAAAUAUUGCGACUUCAGAUAUGGCCAUCAUGGAUACUGCUGUAGUCAAUAUCAUGGCGGACACGGCCAUCACUACGGUUACUAUGGUGGCAAUGGAGGCUAUAGUUUUUAAGGCUAUGGUCAUGAUGUUGAUCAUUAUUAAUAAAAUGGUUAUUUUGGCAAAUAUUUUGGUAUCCAAACAAAAUUUCAAUGAAAACAACAAUUGGUUUUGGAUGAUCUUCUCUACUAUUUAAAGAGGUUUCAUUGUAAAGCACAUUAUUUCAUUAAUAAACAA